AAAGGUAGUUUUGUGACAAAUGGGUUGGUCAAAUAUUCAAAGGCGGGCAUCAGAAGUUCCCAUUCCAUCUUAUUAUAUAUGAUACUGUCUUUUUUUGAAAUCAAAUUCAAAGAAAUUGCAGUCAAAUCGGAAUUCUCCAAAUUAUUUUACAAGGAAAAGAAACCAUGAACCCGCCGAGAAGCUGCUCAUCGUACGGCAUACAAAUUGAGCUAACAAGAGAUGUUCGAUAUUUCCUGGUGAAUCCGACAAAGAAACAGAGAAUGCAGGCCGUGAGACGAAACCCACCAAGGGAGGGUCUUGAGACGCCGGCGACGGAAAGGGCGAACCGGGUCGGCCGGAGGAAUAACGGGUCGGGGAUCAGAGCACGGUUCUCUUGCACGUGUUCGGGUCGACCCGGUUCGGCGAGAUGCGUACGGCACGGGUACUUGGUUCCAAACGGAGAGAGGAGGAUGAUGAGGAGGGCCAGUGAGGGAAGCAGAGAGAUUUUACGGCGAGCCUUGACGCCGCCGAGUCGCCGUAUGAGUCUCCGGUGGUGGAAUUUCCGGCCGACACCGAGUCGACUCUGUAACAUGUCCUCUGCAUAAUCUCUUCUCUUUUUAAUUUUUUUUUCCCUGAUUUUUUGUAGUAGUUUCUGGGAAAAGAUUUGUGGGUUUUCGUUUCGUUUGAAUGGUAAAUCGAACAGAGAUUGAUCGUCGCAGAAUAGCUUGUGAAAUCCUCUCAGAUCUUACGCAAUAUUCUGCAUACGCCUGAGUUUGAAUCUUAUGUAUAUAAUGUAUCAUCGGCCUGUAUCGAUGGUUAUAUGACCGUCGAAUGAGAUUCAAGAUCACAUGGGUUCA